UUUGUGGGGGAAGAAGACCAAGAAAAGAAGAAACGAAAGUGUCACCUCAGACUCUGCAAGAAUCCUCUUUUCAAUUAAACAAGAAGCAAGAGAAUAAAGCCGAAUCUCCCAUUAGUACGGAAAACCGGAGGUCCAGAUGCCAUGGAACGUAUGAGCGCCGACAUGAUGGAGACGGAGGCCACCGCUGCCACCGCAUCGGCCCCCCAUCUGCAAGGACAAAAUGACGUUGGGAAAGAGCUGCUUUUUAUGGCUCGUAACCUUAUUGAUCAAGGCAAGCCCUCUGAGGCUCUGCAAGCGGUGGUGAUGGCUACGAGAACUAGAGGUGGUGAUGAAGCUGUAUUUCAGUCGUUGCGCCGUGCUCGUGAAGUUUACAGAACCAGAAUGCUAGAAAACACUGCUGUUGAUCAGCUGGCUUCUUUGUUUGCCGAAUGUGCAAUAGCUGAAGCUGAGCCUUCAAAACCUGAAGCAUUACCAUGCAACCCUAACGGUCCGUCAGUUGCAUCAUAUGUUCAUGAGACGUCUAUACUUGCCGAAACAGGCAGAACGCAAAUUGUAUUGGACGCAUUCUCUGAUGGAAGCAGCUUUAUCUGUUUACAGUGUGGGGGUCUAGUUAGUAAUCAUCGUAAAGAAGAGCACUAUGCAUACUGGUGUGGCAAUAUGUGAUGUGCUGGUACAUGGAAUGUGUAGUUGCUCACUUUAUAGACUUCUCCCUGUGGAUGAUCGAUCAUGAGACUCAUAGUUCUUAUAUCAUUCUCUAUCUGCAUUGUUAAUAAGGGCACCACUGCUCUCAGUAGCAAGCCAAUUCUUAAUGUCUGAUAUAUAGGGUUUAAAGUCAUACAUCCAUCAAAAUU